AUGACCGCCGCCGCUGCGUGCCCGGGGUUCUUCACGCAAGAGGAGACGAGGGCGACGGCAGCUGUGGCGGCGCGCAACGAGCAUCGGGAGGAUGUUGCCGACGGAAGCCAAGCCGUCGAAGAAGAAGGCGAGGAAGAAGAAGAGCCAACUGAAGCCGCCGCCAACCUGUCGAAGGGGAAGAAGAAGAGGAAGAAGGACUCGCCGCCUGCCGAACCGCGUAUCAAAUGGACGCCGAAGGAAGAGGAGUGCCUCGCCGAAGCUUGGAUGACCGUGUCCACGAACGGCAUAAUCGGGGCCAAUCAGUCGUUCGACACAUACUGGUUUCGAGUGAGGCAGGCGUACGAGGAACGCAAGCUCGUCGAUCCCUACUUCAACAAGACGAACAUGAACGUGUACCGGGGAGACAAGGCAAUGGCCACCCAUUGGGGGAUCAUGCAGACGGCUUGCAGCAAAUGGCACGGCGUACAGGAGGAGAUCGACAAACGGCCGAUCAGCGGCCACGACUUGGAGCAAAGGCUGCGCCGAGCUUUGGACAUGUACACGGACGACACCGGCCUGCAGUUCAAGUUCCUCAACGUCUACGCCCGCCUCGAGAAGUGCGAGAAGUGGAAGGAAGUUCGCACGUCCCUCUCGAAAAGCAAGACCGAGCAGUACAACCCCGACGCUCCGCCGGCUUGCGCGGCGGAAGGGCGCCCUGAGCUCGGCCAGAAGAAGCAGAAAGAGCUCAAACGGACUGACAAUCCCGCCGACAGGAUGCAGGCGAGCACUCGUUUUGGAGUGGCAGGUCCGAAUAUGCCUGCAACACCGAGCGAUGUGCUCUGA